AUGAUGGAGCUCCCUGCGGAGCCCCGGUGGAUGAUGCAUGCCCAUCAUUCAGCCUUAAUGGGUACCUCAGACUCGGUGUCUCCGCACGCUGGUUUAGGACAUCAUUCGGGAUAUAUGGAGACAGGUGCCCCAUUAUUACCACCAGACGAGGUGGAUGUAUUUCUCAGUCAUUUGGACUCUCAAGGAAACCCCUAUUAUCACUCACACGGGUCCCACUCUCAUACUCGUGCACGAAUGUCUUACAGUCAAACGCAUGCACGGUUUACGGGUGGCUCAAUGUGUCGACCUCACCUUAUCCACACUCAAGGUCUCUCUAUACUGGACAACAACAAAUCGACUUUUUCGGCGGCGCAGCACCACAGCACAUGGACCGUCAGCCACCUGGGCAAAGCGGUUCUGCAUUCAGCAGGCGCCGACAACGCAAACACCCUGUACACCGGCACCGGUACGCCUGGCCCGGCUUCGAUGCCUUGCCUGUCAAUGACUCAACACUGCAGCCCUCAGCUCUACUGCCUGCCCCCUACUCCACCCAAAGAUGCGUCCCCCGACCCUGCUUGUACUUCUGUGAGGGACACUGGGAAGUACCAUCUCCAUCUUGUCGACGGGAUGAAGAUGGAGUGCUCCAGUCCAAUCCGUGGCAAUCUGGCACAAACUACAACUAUACCUUCAUAUUCCGAUUACGCUCUAUCUGGAGCGCACGAGUACCCAAGCAGUGUGUUUUACUCCAGAGGUCUGCUCGGGAGCAGCGCGAGCAACAUGACGUCAAAAUGCAAAAGCAAAAGCCGCGCUUUCUCAGGGCGUGAAUGUGUGAACUGUGGAGCUACAUCAACUCCUCUGUGGCGGAGAGAUGGAACAGGUCAUUAUCUCUGUAAUGCAUGUGGACUCUAUCACAAGAUGAACGGCCAGAACCGACCACUCAUCAGACCUAAGCGCCGACUGUCAGCAUCUAGACGAGCAGGCACCUGUUGUGCCAACUGCCAGACUGGGACCACUACACUUUGGAGACGUAAUGCCAAUGGAGAACCCGUCUGUAAUGCUUGUGGUCUGUACUACAAACUACACAAUGUGAACCGUCCACUUACUAUGAAGAAAGAUGGGAUCCAGACACGCAAUAGAAAAAUGUCGGGCAAACCUAAGAAGAGAAGAGGAGAACACUUUCAGCAAUUUGACAGUUGUGUGCAUGAGAAACCAUCCACCUUCAGCCACAUGGCUAACAUGCCCCACCCCUUCAAUAUGACCCAACCAAUCCAAUUACAUCCUGCAUUCAGUCACAGCAGCUUAGUCACUGCUAUAGGCUGA